AUGAGUACUCCACACAACUCCAAUGAGCCUGAACUAGAAUCCAAGAAAGUUCAUAUCCCAGAGAAGCCAUUUUCAGUGGAUGAAACAAAGAGAAAAUUUGAAGAAGAAAACCAAUCCAAUGAAACAAAAACACCACCUCCACAAGGUUCUUCACGAAAUAUGUCAAUAAAGUUGGAGGAUACAUGUACUGAGCCAGUGGUAGAGGACAGUGGACGUGAGAGACUAAAGAGACAUCGUGUCGAGGUUGCAGGUCAGGUUUGGAUCCCUGAUAUGUGGGGACAGGAAGAUUUGCUCAAGGAUUGGAUAGAUUGCACUGCGUUUGAUGCCUCAUUGAGGAAUAACAAUAUCAUGUCUGCAAGAGCUUCUUUGGUUGAAGAAGGAAGAAGAGCAAACUCAAGCAGAUUGAGAAUAGAGAAUAGCUGUUAG